UAGUAUGUCAAGAGGUACGACGGUUAAUGACUGACCUGUAGUAAUUUAAACCAAACCAUCUCAGAAGCUUUGGAAGGAUAUAGUUAAGACCACAUAGGUGAAAAAGACUAGAUCCACUUUUCAUGCUUUUAUGCAGAAUAAAUAUCCUCUUGUUACAAAUAAUAUUGGGCUGCCGAGCAUUGAGCUUUUUUCCUUUGAACUCUCUACUGCUGCUGCCUCUGGCUGAAGUAUCCCUAACUUCAAGUACUUUCUACAAACUGGUGACUAUUGAGUAAACCAUGAACGCUGUCACACAGAAUAAACCUGCCACCCGGGUGGUGAUUUUUGGUGGGACACAUGGAAAUGAGAUGUCUGGAGUGUCUCUGGUUAAGCAUUGGCUCCAGGACCCAUCUGAACUACACAGGGUAACAUUUGCUGCAGAGCCUUUUCUAGCUAACCCCCUUGCUGUGGAGCACUGUGUGCGAUACAUAGAUACAGACCUCAAUCGCUCUUUCUCACAAGAGCUCCUAAGUGCCUGUAGUUCUGAGGGUGAUCCAUAUGAAGUGAAACGGGCUAGAGAAAUUUACAAGAAAUUUGGAGCAAAGGAGUCUUAUGAUUUUGUGUUUGACCUUCACAACACAACUUCUAACAUGGGUUCCACUUUACUCCUCUGUAAAGCCGAUGAUUACCUCGCAUUGCAUUUGGCAAAUUACCUACAGUGUAACUGUGUGGAUUACUCUUUCCCAUGUAAUGUCUACCUCGUUGAUGUAGAAGAAAGGAACAACGUUUACCUGCAGAAUAUCGGAAAGCAUUCUCUGUCCCUUGAGCUGGGCCCACAGCCUCAAGGAGUGACAAGAGCCGAUGUUCUAGCAAGAAUGAGAGAGCUUGUUAACUGCAGCUUGGAUUUCCUUGACCUUUACAACCAAGGAAAAGAGUUUCCAAGUUUUGAAAUGGAUAUAUACAGAGUAACAUCCAGAGUGGAUUUCCCACGAGAUGUUGAUGGUGAAAUAGAAGGAUUUAUCCACAAGGAACUACAGGAUAGAGAUUACCAUCCUUUAAAGCCUGGUGAUCCAAUCUUCCAGACCCUUACAGGUGAUGAGCAGUCCUUUGAUGGGGAAAAAGUAAUCUAUCCAACUUUUAUCAAUGAAGCUGCAUACUAUGAGAAGAAGGUAGCAUUCAUCGCUACUGAAAAGGUCCACCAAGUAGUUCCAGCCCUUAGAGUGCAAUGUUAGAUGUUGUUUCUGAACGGUAAAGCCAAAGACUGAAGAAAGAUUCCUUUCUGGUCCAGUAACAGUUGUAGUAUAUGGGAUUACAAAGUGUCUUAAAAUGUUACCAAAUAUUUUCAAAUGCAUUCUGAAACAAACAUUUUUAGUACUUAUGCAAGCUCAAAGACUGUGUUACUGAAUAAUUAAAUGCCUUUUAUAUUUUCUAUCUCAUAUAAACAGCUGCUAUUUUACUGGAAAAGUGACGUAAAAUAUUUUAAUAAUUACCAAAAGAUGUAUACAACACAUUGAAGGCUGGACAUCUUCGAUAAUGUUUGUAAAACAUGAUUUUAUCUUCAAAGAUUCAUCUUCUUUUUAAUGCUUCUUUCUGAAUGUAUGACAAAUGUCUUCAAUUUAGAUGUGUAAAUGUUGGUACUGUCCUUUGAUUGCUGCUAAAUUAUUUUAAAAAGAUGUAAUAUAAAGCUCUGUAAUAUAAAGCUCCUUUAUGGAACAAAUGAAAAA